GUUCAAGCAAUUCUCCUGCCUCAGCCUCCCAAGUAGCUGGAAUUACAGGUGACCUUCACCACACCUGGCUAUAUUUUUGUAUUUUUAGUAGAGACGGGGUUUCGCCAUUUUGGCCAGGCUGGUCUCGAACUCCUGACCUCAGGUGAUCCACCCACCUUGGCCUCUCAACGUGCUGGGAUUACAGGCAUGAGCCACCGCGCCCGGCCAGCACUGUGUUUUAUAUUUAUUUACUCAUAUACUUCACACUACAAUUUUUUUUUUUUUUUUUUGAGACAGAAUCUCAUUCUGUCGCCCCGUCCGGAGUGCAGUGGCGUGAUCUUGGCUCCCUGCAACCUCCGCCUCCUGAGUUCAAGUGAUUCUCCCUGCCUCAGCCUCUCGAGUAGCUGGGAUUACAGGCACCUGUCACCAGGCCCGGCUAAUUUUUGUAUUUUUAGUAGAGACGCGAUUUCACCAUGUUGGCCAGACUGGUCUUGAAGUCCUGACCUCAGGUGGUCCACCCGCCUCAGCCUCCCAAAGUGCUGGGAUUACAGGCGUGAGUCACCACGCCCGGCCCACACUACAAUUCUUGUGAGGUAGCUAGUGUCAUUAUUUCAAUAUCACAGGUGAGAAAAUGGAGGCUUAGAGAUGGGAAGUGACAUGACCAGGGUCACACAGCUAGUGAGUGUUGUCCUGGGGGGAUAACAACGGCAGGUGCUGUGCUACAUGCAUGGUAAGUGCUCAGUAAGCACUGUUGAGUGAUCAUAUGCAAAAUACCGUGGGGACAGGGGGUGCUGGGAGCACCUCACAAAGGAGGGGACUGUGGGGCAUAGCCAACCCCAGGAGCUCGGCUCCUGGCCACUGUAGCUGGCCUUUUCCUGAAAGCAGAUCUUAAAUGCUCCUAUCAGACACACACACACACACACACACUCACACACAUUCACACACACUCACACACACACACUAUGUGAGGUGAUGACUAUCUUAAUUAGUUUGAUUGUGCUGAUUAUCUCACAAUGUAUACAGAGAUUAGAUCAUCAAGUCAUAUGCCUUAAAUCUAUACAUAAAUAAAAUAACUGGCCUUUUCCUGGCUGCAGAGAUGGGCAACCUGAGUCCACAGUGGGACAGUGGAAAAGGGGUUUCUGCCCCUCCAGUCUCUUCUCCAGCGGGGCAGGUGGGCACAGUUCCCCCAGGUCCACCCCAGGGGACCCAGGGGCUUGUUUUUCACUGUUUCUUCUUCCCAUAGGAAAAAUUCAAACAGACCCAAUCCCCUCGGGCCCUUGGAUAUGAGCCAGAUUGCCUCGGCGGAGGGUCUUCUAUGACCCCAGCCCCUUUCAGCUGCUCUCUGACCCCUCCAUCCCCCAGCAUCCUCCCUCUUAUCAAACCUGUUCCCUGUCUCCAUGGUGACACCACCUUACCCAGUUUCCUUGGGUGGUCUGGUUGCCUCACAGGGUGAAACUCUGAGAACAUUUUCCUCAUGUGCAGCCAGAAACUUCCACGUCCCAUGCCCACAACUGCCCCUCUCUUCUCUCCUCUCCAUUCCCCUCCUGCAAGUCUCUCCCUGAGACAUUUCCCAUCCCCAUCCCAUCAUGGCUGUGUCCAGUUGAGAGGACUCAUAGCCCUUCUGGGUAUCCCAAGGGCUCCCAGGAAGAAGGCUUCAGGAUGGAGUUACAACCCAUCAUCUCAAUGCCCUUGCUGUACAUGCAUAGGUACAGAUAAACACAUGUGCCCUCACACAUGACACACACAUGCCCAGAACCCUCAAAACAAGUACAUCCAGCUAUCCCAUCCCAUGACCCCCACUUCUUGUACAUAUCUACAAGUUCAUGCAGCCAAGUGGAUGUAGCCACAACCAAACCCCAAGCACCCAAGGAUCAAGGUGUCCUCUUAUUUCCCCUGGGUCCAGGCAGGGCCUGAAUGUUUGAGCUGUGCCCUCUGAGUUGCACAAAAAACCAGCUGCACAACCAACCUCCCAGGACAGUCAUAUGUCAGUAGGAACCACCAACAUGACAGAGCUACCUCUGUGUUUGGAGUUUCUGUGUGUCAGUUCCUUCCCUGUCAUUGUGCAGGCACAGCCUCCCCACAGCAGGGCUCAGUGCCUCUUGCCAGGGCUCUUAGCCAUUCCCAGGGCUGGUGGCAUUGGCUUGGUGGCUCUCGGCCUUGAAAUCCCCACUUCACCUCCCUCUUCCAGCUCUGCACGCUCCUCUUCCUUCCCCUUCCCCUGGCACCAGCCUUACCCCUUUUCCUUUUGUGAGAGAGCCAGCCCUGAAUGGGGCUCCCUCCACCCCUGAACAGUUGAAAUUCACCCUCCUUGCCCCACCCCACCCCCUUUACUGAGCACUGCAGCUGGGCUUUGUGUUGUUUUGGGGCAGGAUGUGGGGGCGGGUGGAGGGGUUCAGGCCCCCUCCUCUGCAGGGGAGAACAAUGAGGCCGCUAGUCAGGGUGGUGGGGCAGAGGGAGUGGGUGGGGUGGGAGCCAUGGAGGGACAUCAGAGGCUCUGCGGCCCGGCCCCUGGAGGGACAGCUGAGUGAUGAGGCCUGAGUCACACGCCCUGAGUGCUCCUUGAACUCCCGCUGCGUUCCUGUCGAGACACAUCCAGAAAUGCACAGGGGACCUCAGCAUGAACAACCUCACAGAGCUUCAGCCUGGCCUCUUCCACCACCUGCGCUUCUUGGAGGAGCUGCGUCUCUCUGGGAACCAUCUCUCACACAUCCCAGGACAAGCAUUCUCUGGUCUCUACAGCCUGAAAAUCCUGAUGCUGCAGAACAAUCAGCUGGGAGGAAUCCCUGCAGAGGCGCUGUGGGAGCUGCCGAGCCUGCAGUCGCUGCGCCUAGAUGCCAACCUCAUCUCCCUGGUCCCGGAGAGGAGCUUUGAGGGGCUGUCCUCCCUCCGCCACCUCUGGCUGGACGACAAUGCACUCACGGAGAUCCCUGUCAGGGCCCUCAACAACCUCCCUGCCCUGCAGGCCAUGACCCUGGCCCUCAACCGCAUCAGCCACAUCCCCGACUACGCGUUCCAGAAUCUCACCAGCCUUGUGGUGCUGCAUUUGCAUAACAACCGCAUCCAGCAUCUGGGGACCCACAGCUUCGAGGGGCUGCACAAUCUGGAGACACUAGACCUGAAUUAUAACGAGCUGCAGGAGUUCCCUGUGGCCAUCCGGACCCUGGGCAGACUGCAGGAACUACGGAGUCUCGCUCUGUCGCCAUGCUGGAGUGCAGUGGCACGAUCUCGGCUCACUGCAACCUCCGCCUCACAGGUUCAAGCAAUUCUCCUGCCUCAGCCUCCCGAGUUGCUGGGACUACAGGCACGCACCACCAUGCCCAGGGGGUUCCAUAACAACAACAUCAAGGCCAUCCCAGAAAAGGCCUUCAUGGGGAACCCUCUGCUACAGACGAUACACUUUUAUGAUAACCCAAUCCAGUUUGUGGGAAGAUCGGCAUUCCAGUACCUGCCUAAACUCCACACACUAUCUCUGAAUGGUGCCACGGACAUCCAGGAGUUUCCAGAUCUCAAAGGCACCACCAGCCUGGAGAUCCUGACCCUGACCCGCGCAGGCAUCCGGCUGCUCCCAUCAGGGAUGUGCCAACAGCUGCCCAGGCUCCGAGUCCUGGAACUGUCUCACAAUCAAAUUGAGGAGCUGCCCAGCCUGCACAGGUGUCAGAAAUUGGAGGAAAUCGGCCUCCAACACAACCGCAUCUGGGAAAUCGGAGCUGACACCUUCAGCCAGCUGAGCUCCCUGCAAGCCCUGGAUCUUAGCUGGAACACCAUCCGGUCCAUCCACCCCAAGGCCUUCUCCACCCUGCGCUCCCUGGUCAAGCUGGACCUGACAGACAACCAGCUGACCACACUGCCCCUGGCUGGACUUGGGGGCUUGAUGCAUCUGAAGCUCAAAGGGAACCUUGCUCUCUCCCAGGCCUUCUCCAAGGACAGUUUCCCAAAACUGAGGAUCCUGGAGGUGCCUUAUGCCUACCAGUGCUGUCCCUAUGGGAUGUGUGCCAGCUUCUUCAAGGCCUCUGGGCAGUGGGAGGCCGAAGACCUUCACCUUGAUGAUGAGGAGUCUUCAAAAAGGCCCCUGGGCCUCCUUGCCAGACAAGCAGAGAACCACUAUGACCUGGACCUGGAUGAGCUCCAGCUGGAGAUGGAGGACUCAAAGCCACACCCCAGUGUCCAGUGUAGCCCUACUCCAGGCCCCUUCAAGCCCUGUGAGUACCUCUUUGAAAGCUGGGGCAUCCGCCUGGCCGUGUGGGCCAUCGUGUUGCUCUCCGUGCUCUGCAAUGGACUGGUGCUGCUGACCGUGUUCGCUGGCGGGCCUGUCCCCCUGCCCCCGGUCAAGUUUGUGGUAGGUGCGAUUGCAGGCGCCAACACCUUGACUGGCAUUUCCUGUGGCCUUCUAGCCUCAGUCGAUGCCCUGACCUUUGGUCAGUUCUCUGAGUACGGAGCCCGCUGGGAGACGGGGCUAGGCUGCCGGGCCACUGGCUUCCUGGCAGUACUUGGGUCGGAGGCGUCAGUGCUGCUGCUCACUCUGGCCGCAGUGCAGUGCAGCGUCUCCGUCUCCUGUGUCCGGGCCUAUGGGAAGUCCCCCUCCCUGGGCAGCGUUCGAGCAGGGGUCCUAGGCUGCCUGGCACUGGCAGGGCUGGCCGCCGCGCUGCCUCUGGCCUCAGUGGGAGAAUACGGGGCCUCCCCACUCUGCCUGCCCUACGCGCCACCUGAGGGUCAGCCAGCAGCCCUGGGCUUCGCCGUGGCCCUGGUGAUGAUGAACUCCUUCUGUUUCCUGGUCGUGGCCGGUGCCUACAUCAAACUGUACUGUGACCUGCCGCGGGGCGACUUUGAGGCCGUGUGGGACUGCGCCAUGGUGAGGCACGUGGCCUGGCUCAUCUUCGCAGACGGGCUCCUCUACUGUCCCGUGGCCUUCCUCAGCUUCGCCUCCAUGCUGGGCCUCUUCCCUGUCACGCCCGAGGCCGUCAAGUCUGUCCUGCUGGUGGUGCUGCCCCUGCCUGCCUGCCUCAACCCACUGCUGUACCUGCUCUUCAACCCCCACUUCCGGGAUGACCUUCGGCGGCUUCGGCCCCGCGCAGGGGACUCAGGGCCCCUAGCCUAUGCUGCGGCCGGGGAGCUGGAGAAGAGCUCCUGCGAUUCUACCCAGGCCCUGGUAGCCUUCUCUGAUGUGGAUCUCAUUCUGGAAGCUUCUGAAGCUGGGCGGCCCCCUGGGCUGGAGACCUAUGGCUUCCCCUCAGUGACCCUCCUCUCCUCUCAGCAGCCAGGGGCCCCCAGGCUGGAGGGCAGCCAUUGUGUAGAGCCAGAGGGGAACCACUUUGGGAACCCCCAACCCUCCAUGGAUGGAGAACUGCUGCUGAGGGCAGAGGGAUCUACGCCAGCAGGUGGAGGCUCGUCAGGGGGUGGCGGCUUUCGGCCCUCUGGCUUGGCCUUUGCUUCACACGUGUAAAUAUCCCUCCCCAUUCUUCUCUUCCCCUCUCUUCCCUUUCCUCUCUCCCCCUCGGUGAAUGAUGGCUGCUUCUAAAACAAAUACAACCAAAACUCAGCAGUGUGAUCUAUAGCAGGAUGGCCCAGUCCCUGGCUCCACUGAUCACCUCUCUCCUGUGACCAUCACCAAUGGGUGCCUCUUGGCCUGGCUUUCCCUUGGCCUUCCUCAGCUUCACCUUGAUACUGGGCCUCUUCCUUGUCAUGUCUGAAGCUGUGGACCAGAGACCUGGACUUUUGUCUGCUUAAGGGAAAUGAGGGAAGUAAAGACAGUGAAGGGGUGGAGGGUUGAUCAGGGCACAGUGGACAGGGAGACCUCACAGAGAAAGGCCUGGAAGGUGAUUUCCCAUGUGACUCAUGGAUAGGAUACAAAAUGUGUUCCAUGUACCAUUAAUCUUGACAUAUGCCAUGCAUAAAGACUUCCUAUUAAAAUAAGCUUUGGAAGAGAUUA